AUGGCCUUUGGCACACAUGCGCAACGAGCCGCUAUUAUUUCCGCUGGAGUUGGACUUUCUUUGGUCAUUUUCAUAUUUCUGUCAGUAUUCUUCGAGUUCGAUUGGUAUCAUCACGAAAAAGGCGUGGAUAUCGGAUUUUUAUUUGGUCUCUUGCUGUUCUUGUUUAUUGGUAUGUCUAUCCAUUGGAUGGUCGUACGCGGGAUAAAACUUAUGCAACCACGGUAUUUGGUGCCAUUCAUCUUGAUCUACACUAUGGUACUUGUAUUUGAGACGAUCUUCUUCAUUUUUGUAGUAAAUCACAUAGUCAUACUAAGCUCUCUGAAAUCAAUUCCACCUCAAAGUUCUUCGGGCUACAUACUCGUCACUAUUAUGUUCAUGUUCGCUAUGGGUAUACAAUCCAUAAUGCUAACAUCAGUGAACAGAUGCCGAAAUUACCUUGAGAAGCGACAGAUUCAUGAACUCGAAAUGCGGGUCGCUGAGAAGAGUAAGCUCCAGCAUCCAGGUAUUCGUAUCGUGUUUGGCGCUGGAGAUAGUAACAUUUCCAAUGGCGCACCCGCAAGUAAUCAGACAAAUGCUACUGAUCCUCCACCUCCAUAUGAAAAUGCUACCCAGCAAAACGGAACAGAGCAACCGCCAGCGGCUCAAACUACUCAGCCUCCACAGCGCACGGUCCUGCAGGCUGAGGACGGAAUUCUGUGA